AUGUCCAGUCCAUUGAGGCACUGCUGGUGGAUGCUCAUCUUGCUUCAUCAUCAGGCCAUGAGUGCGGUGCGCACCAGUCGCAUGGCAGACUCCAGCCCCAGCCUGAGGAUGGUGGAGGCAGCCCUGCUCUCUACUUUAGAAAAGGAAUCUCAAGCCAGAGAGAGAGGGGAUCCCUUCCAGAUGGACUUGGACUCGAUUGCAGAGGAGCUGAUGGAUGACCCUGGAGCUUACGAUGAAGAUGGUAGCCAAGCCAUGAUGCUCCAGGGCCGUUCCACCAAGGCCCCGCGGCGCUGCGUCCCCCACCAGCAGUCCUGCCUGGGCCACCAGACGCCCUGCUGUGACCCCUGUGACACCUGCUACUGCCGCUUCUUCAAGGCCUACUGCUAUUGCCGCAGCAUGGACGCCACCUGCUCUCACGGUCAUGGACGAGCCUAG